GGUUAGAGAUUCGAUCCGGGGCUGGCUGGCUGGCUGGCUGGCGGGGUCCGUCUCGUGUCGUGCGACGAUGCGAGGCGAGGCGCUCGCGUCCCGCUCUGGAUUUCUCUCAAGCUCGCUCGCUCGCUUCACUGCUGCGGCGAACGAUGCAGCGAGCGACGAGUGAGUGCGCCGAGGAGAGCAUCCCCAGCUCCUCGUGCAUGACACGGCGAUUCCUCCGUCGAGUGCUGCUGACUCCAGGCUCGAAUUCCACGCACGCAGAUCUGCGUUAUUAGGCAGGCAGGCAGGCAGGCAGGCAGGCCCGACGCCGGAGACUCUCGGAGUGCGAAUUCUUCAUCUCGUCGACGAGUUGCUGUUUGCGAGUGGCCGCGAGACCGCUCUCUGCGCUCUGUUGCUCGAUGCUGCUGCCGAUGACGACGUGGAUGGUGGCGAUGUUGGGGAUCGAAUAAAUCCAGGAGCAGGUCGCUGGCCUGGAGACGGGGCGAGACGAGGCGCGAGGGGAUUCGACCACAGGUCGGUGUUUGUUAGUCCAGAUUUCCCAGUUCGCAGGACGAGGAUCAGUUGGGCCGGAGUUGCAGGAGGAGCGCAGUGUGGCAGUGAGUGGAAGCAGGAGGACGAGCGAGGUGGUGGAGACGAGAUUGGUUCUUGAUAGCUAGUUUUUGGGGGAAGAUGAAUGAUGGAUGUGGGUUUUCAAGCGGAGAGUGAAGGGUAGAAGGAAGGAGCGAGACUGAAGGUAUCGAGCAGAGGAAGGAAAGGACGAAAACAGAGUGAGCAGGAGGACGAGGCAAGGGGCCAAGGCUGGUCGAGGUUGGAGCAGGUUGUGAGCUUGGUGAUUUGGUGGCCCUGAGCUGACAGGGUACAAGGGCAAUGACGAAGAUCAAGACUGGGGAUUGAGACCCGAUUGGUUGAUUGGGCAUUCGUCGAAGGGAGCUCGGAUACUGACAGGUGAGGUAGGUGAGUGAAGUUGGGAGGUGACGAAGAGGUUCGUGUGAUAACAUAGGUGAGAAAACAGGGCUAUACAUGGAGACGCAAGCGCGUAGGUAUUCUUCCAAUGGUGCGAGCACUAGCAGUAGGAACACCAGUCCUAACUACUCCGCCGCGCGCAGCUCACCUCCUCUGCCACAACCACGUUCUGUACCGGACUUGCAUGGACGUGCUCGGAAGAAAGCAGAAUUGAAUCGUCUGAAUGCGGAGAUUCGAUUGCUUCAGGAUGAAUUGCAGAGACUAGAGACAUUGCCUCCAGCAUCAGAAGUAUGCAAGAUGUUGGUGCAAUCAAUUGAGAGCCAAAGUGACCCAUUCCUAGGAACCUCUCCUGGUCAGCAGGAAUGGGAUCGAUGGUUCCGAGGACCUCCGGCACCUAAACCGAAGUGCUGUUGUUGUCCAUGAAGGUGGUAGCAGAAUGAUGGUAACCUUUCCAUCUAGGCACAGCUCUCAUUAACCUGGCGUUGAGCCAUUGCAGUUAUGUGCACAAGUUGCCAUCCAACGCAUCUUCAACACCUCCGGAAGGUGGCAGAGGAGUAAAGGCUCCGAAGGCGAGCGUACGCUAUAGAGUUGAGGCAAAGUUGGGUACAUUAGCUCAAACCUGCAUUUUGUCUUCGAAAUCAUGGCUGCUUGUCUGUGACCUUCGGAUUAGCUGAUGAGUUUAUUUGAAAGAUUAGAAAACGAUUCUGGUUUACUCCUUGAAUUAGGUAUUGUUUCUGUAGUAAGCCCAGUAUGUUGGGCUACAUCAGUUUUGACACAUCAUAUCUUGGUAUGACACACACGCUCAUAUUCGAUAAGUAUACUGAAUGCAGGCAGAUCAAAUCUGUGUUUUCUCAUUUAUUUGGUGUUUUGACGCACCUUUUUAAUUUACAGAACGUUCACCCUAUCGGGAUUGUUG